CAAUUUUUUGUAUGGUUAAAAUAUUAAAAAUAUGAAAGGUAAAAGAGAUAAAGUUGUUUUAGUUUUCGACGAGAAAGAUCGAAGAGAUUUUCUUACUGGUUUUCGUAAAAGGAAAAAUGUACGGAGGAAGAAAGCACAAGAAGAGAACAAAAAGAAAGAAGAGGAAAAAAGAAAGCAACUUAGAGAAGAGAAACGAGAAGCUUUGAGACAGCGCCUUGAAGAAUAUGAGAACCAACAAGAAGCAAAUGACAUGGAAGAUUUUCAAGAUUCAAUUCAACCACAGGAAAGUAUAACCCAUGACUUUGGGGAACACACAGUGACAGUUUCAACUAUCACUGAUGAAGAUAUGGGAAGAGACUAUAUAGCCACUGGCUUACCUGCAACACUGGACAAACCUAAAGAAACAGAUACUAAAAUCACCUCGGACAAUCAGAAACAAGCCACAAAAAAUAAAUUACUUCGAAAGAGACAGUUCCGCAAGAAAGCACAGAAACGAAAAAUCCAGGCAAUGGGUGACAAAAAGUCUUUCAAACAGAGACUAAAACAUGGAGCCAAACGAAAAUAAACAAACAUUGUAUUGGAAUCAGCAUAAGAAAGUGAUGGCUAAUUUGGCUAAUUUUCAGUUUCUUGAUGUAAUUAGUGCAACUAUGUUGUACAUUUAUGUAAAUAUACUUUCAUUUAAAAACCAUAAGAU